UCACGGAUAGGCGGCACUGAUAGGCGGCACUGCUAGGCAUUGACUGGUGCAACUGCUGGGCACUGACUGGCACAACCACUGGACACUGACUGGUGGCACUGAAUGGCAGCACUGCUGGGCACUGGUGGGCACAUGUGGGUGGCACUGCUGGGCACAGGUGUGUGGCACUGCUGGGUGGCACAGGUGGGUGGAACUGGUGGGUGGCACUGCUGGGCACCGAUCAUCAGGGAACUGAUCAUUAGUGCCCUGAUGAUCGGUACCGAUCCCUGCUCUGACAACUGCAGGUUCUUGGCAGUACUUUUCUCGCUCUCUGACAGUGUGAGGAAAGUGCAGCCGAGAACCGGCACUUGC